AAAAAUACUAAUAAAGGAAAAAAAAAAGUUGAGGGGAGAGAAGUGCGAUGGAAUUUUUGGCAUCGAGGACUUAAGAGAAGACCCGAGAAAGAGACAGAAGUCGAAGCAGGAGGGAGGUCAGCGGGGAGCCUUUGUUUGAUGUUCAAUUUCGAUUCGAUAAGAGAGAUAAAGAGAGAGAUCGGCGUCGUUUUGUAGGGAAGAAACGAUGAUGCAGAGACGGAGUCCACCGAAGCACAGGCACGACGGGACUUCGCCACUGCCUCUCGGGAUGGAUUGGAGUCCGCCUCCUCGUAAAUGGAAUGGGAGGGAAACUGUUUGGCCACAUGAUCCUCGAACUGGAUGGAGUUAUUGUGUUACAAUACCUUCUUGGAUUUUCCUUCCAAAAUCAAGAGAUUCAGAUCCUGUAGUGUUUUACAGGGUACAGGUUGGGAUACAAUCACCAGAGGGUGUUACAACUACACGUGGAGUAUUGAGAAGAUUUAAUGAUUUUUUGAAGCUAUUUACUGAUCUAAAAAAGACAUUUCCCAAGAAAAGUCUUCCCCCUGCUCCACCCAAGGGGCUGAUGCGUUUGAAAAGCAGAACACUGUUGGAAGAGAGAAGGUGUUCGUUGGAGGAGUGGAUGACAAAGCUGUUAUCUGACAUUGAUUUGUCAAGAAGUGUCACAGUUGCAUCCUUUCUUGAACUAGAAGCUGCUGCGAGGUCUUCAUUCCAAGAGGUAAACGAUCACUCUUCGGAAGCAAAUGUUGCUGGAAAUAACACAAUUUCAUCACUUGAAAUUCCUCCCAGUUCAAGCAUAUCUCAUCUUGCUGGUAGUUCAUCAAUCACAUCAGAUUAUGGUAGUGAUACUGCUUAUGAGACCUCUGAGCUUGGGACUCCAAGGUUAGGGAGAGAUGACAGUUCUGAAAUUGGUUUGGGAGAUCUGACAUUGGAUGAAGAUUUGACAGGUUCAAUAGAAAAAUUUGUUAAGUAUGGUAUGUCAAAUAUUGAUGAGGGACUAUUUAUGGGACAGACAAUUUUGGAGCAGCUUGAAGAUUUUCCAAAGCAUAAAUCACACACCAGAAACAUCAAUAAUACUCUGGGGAAAGAUACUUGUAAUGGAAAUGGGUCUAGAGUUUCAUUUCUUGCUGGUAAUGGGUUGGAACUUUUUUCUGAGACAGAGCCAGCUAAGAUGGCUGGUCAUACUCGAAAGCUAUCAACUGAAAGUGUUGGAAGUGAUGUGAGCUCUUUGAGAGGUAGUGACAUGUCCAACUCUGGGAUUCCAAACUUAUCUGUUGAUGGCUCUCUUGACCUUCCUGGAACUGCAGAAGUACUAUGUACCAUGGGAACUCUUGGAAACUCUGUUUCUCAGUUUUCAGGUGAUACCCAAAUAGUUAUUCCAUUGGAUCAGCGUCAUAAGAUGAAUAGGGUUCUUUUGACCAUGCAGCGGAGACUUGUCACUGCAAAAACUGAUAUGGAGGAUCUCAUAGCAAGAUUGAAUCAAGAAAUAGCAGUGAAAGGUUAUCUUAAGACAAAGGUUAAGGAUUUGGAAGUGGAACUUGAAAGCACCAAACAGAAAAAUAAAGAAAACCUGCAGCAAGCUAUCCUGAUUGAAAGAGAAAGGUUUACUCAAGUGCAGUGGGAAAUGGAAGAACUUCGACGGAAGUCAUUGGAAAUGGAGUUGAAGUUGAAUCCUAAACAGGAUGAGAAGCAAAUAACAGAGACAAUUAUUCGGUCUGCUGAUGAGGAGAAAGAUGCAAUGCUGCAAGAGUUAAAUGCUACUAAGGAGCAGCUGAAGAAUAUAUCAAGGCAGUAUGAAGAGCUAGAGGCAAAAUCAAAAGCAGAUAUUAAACUUCUUGUUAAAGAGGUUAAGUCUCUUCGGAAAUGCCAAAAACAACUGAAGCAGGAGGCUGGUCAAUCACUGUCAGAAAAAUCUGAAGCUGAGGUACAACUACAACAGGAAAGACAAUUCAGCAAGCAUGUAAGAACUGCUAGAGAAAACCUGUUAAAUGAAUGCCGGCAUCUUCACGACCGACUUCUCCAAUGCACUGUGAAUUUGUCCGCAGAUGAUGAUGAAAAUUUAAUCAAGAAUUAUUCCUUAGUUGAAGAUGCAUUGGAUUUGUUGACUACAUCUGAUGAUAAAAUCACCACCCUACUUGCAGAGGCACAACUAUUAGCCCAGGAAGGUAGCACUGCUGCUGACGACCACUACGAUACAAGAAUAGAUGAUGAGUUGAGGAAGAUCAUAGCAGACAUCUUCACCGACAACGCUAAAUUAAGAAAGCAGGUGAAUUCUCUCAUACGGCAUAGACUCAAAUGUGAUAUCAUGUCAAAGAAUAAUGAUAAGGAAUUAAACAAGUCCUCAGAAAGAUGAAAUGGGGUUAUGAAUAUUUGUAAUUUUUUUGUCUUACAAAUUAUCAUAAGGCACCCCCAAAGUCUCCAUUACAGUUCCCUGUAAUCAAUUACAUGCUGCUUUAAUUGCAUGAUCUUAACAACUAUACUUGUGAAUUUUGUGUUUACACGCAUACCAGUAAUGCCAGAGAAGAUGCCCUGUUAUGAUACUUGUUCUAUUCUAUCUUUUAAUCACUUUUAAUAACAAAGAGAGAUGAAAUGAAAAGCAUCAGAACAGUAUAUUCCCA